AUGGCAUACACAUACACUUCAUGGCUCCUCUUGGGCCAACUCCUCCUUCUAGUGUCUAAUACUGCGGCGAAAGUUCCGGCGAUCAUCGUGUUCGGUGACUCCUCAGUCGAUGCCGGCAACAACAACCAGCUUUCCACUGUUCUUAAGAGCAAUUUCAAGCCUUAUGGCCGUGAUUUUUACGGUGGCCGGGCCACAGGACGAUUCUGCAACGGCCGGAUUCCGCCAGACUUCAUAUCUGAGGCUUUUGGUCUAAAGCCGUAUGUGCCGGCCUACUUGGAUCCAAUGUAUACUAUAUCAGAUUUUGCUGUUGGUGUUUGCUUUGCUUCUGCUGGUACUGGCUAUGACAAUGCAACCUCUGAUGUUCUUUCUGUGAUACCUCUGUGGAGGGAAGUGGAGUACUACAAAGACUACCAAAAAAAGCUCAGAGCCUAUUUGGGUGUCCAAAAAGCCAACAGAAUAAUCAGCGAAGCACUAUAUCUAAUCAGCAUUGGAACCAACGACUUCCUCGAGAACUACUACACCCUCCCCAACCGGAGGUCUCAGUACAACGUCGAUCAGUACCAGACCUUCCUCGCCGGACUCGCAGAGAAUUUUAUCAAAGAACUUUACAGUCUCGGUGCUCGGAAAAUAUCCCUCGCAGGGCUUGUUCCGAUGGGUUGUCUGCCAUUGGAGAGGACCUCGAACCUCAUCGGUGGGAAUGGAGGUGGAUGUCAAGAGAGUUACAACAUAGUGGCGAAGAGCUUUAAUGGGAAACUGAGUGGGUUGGUGAAUAAGUUGAAUGGAGAGCUUCUUGGUGUUAAAGUCGUGCUUUCGAAUCCUUACGAUACUUUUCAGCAGAUUGUUCAGAAGCCUUCUGCGUUUG